AUGGCGGUGGUGGAAGGGGGCGUGGGAAGGGCGGCGGAAGGGAUGGCGCGGGGGGUGGAGGCAGAGGCAGGGGAAACGCUUCCCGCAGGGAGGGAGGACGGCGCAGGGGACACGCUUCCCGCGGGGACCGAGGAUGGGGCAGGGACGAAGACCUGGACAAGUACCGCCCGCCCCCCGACGAUGGCCACGGUGCCCCGGCGUUCACCAUCCACCCGACCGGUGCCGGCCGUGCGGCCCGCGGCGGCGGCGGCGGCGGCGCAAGGGCUAGCGCUGAGGGUGGAGGGAGAGGCUGGGGAAACGGUACCCACGAUCAGCGAGGAUGGGGCAGCGAGGAACGCGAUGGCUACUACCGCCCGGCCCGCAAUGAUGGCCACGGCGUCGGUGCGGCACGCGGUGGCGGCGGUGGCGGUGGCGGUGGCGGUGGCGGUGGCGGUGCCGGCGGCGGCGCAAGGGCGGGCGCGAAGGGUGGAGGGGGAGGCGGGGGAAACGCUACCCGCGAUUGGCCUGGACGGGACAGGGGCCAAACCUUUAGGCACUAUGGCCCACAACCCGGUGAUGGCCAAGAUGGCGUCGCUGCGGCGCGCGGUGGUGGCGGUGGCGGCGGCGGUUAUGGUGACGGCAGUCACUCUCGCCGGGGUCAAGGUCGCGCCGGGGGCGGCGGCGGCCGCGGCGGCGGCGAGGGUGGUGGUGGCAGUCACUUUCGCUCGGGUCAAGGUCGCGGCGGUGGUGGUGGCGGCGGAGGCCAUGUCCGUGGAGGAGGGACGGCAAACAGGGGAGGACGGGGCAUGA